AUGGCUGUACAUUUCUUUCAACGAAAUAUGGUCGUCUUUCAGAUGACACUGGUCGCACCUCCACCGCAACAGUGUCCAUCGAUGCCGUCACCGACGUCAUUACCGAACGGUGUCGCCCCGUCGCCACCACCGCCAUGUUCGGGUUGUAUCAAGCUCCAUGCGGACAUCAAGCAGAAUAUGCAACAAAUGAUGGACAAAUUCGAUUUGAUCUAUAUGCGAUUAGAAAGCUUAAUGAAUGAGAAAGAAAAAGAUCGGCUAAUCGUUCAAGAUCAAGAGAUGAGCGAAAGUGGAAGUGAUGAUAAGGACGUUCCAUCACCGGCCAACAGCCGUGCGUCACCGAAUAUCACACAAGGUAGCCGAAAACGAAAGCCGAACAAGGAUACCGUACAUCGAGUCUCGGACGACGCCCAUAUGAGCAUCGUGAACUCAUCUUCGGUCUGCGAAGCACCAGCUGCUUCGGGUGCACCAUCAACGCCUGUCUCGACAACGUCAUCCGGUUUUGCGGAGAGUAUGAACUUUCUCGGCGGUCAAAUA